UAUGACGUCUUGCUUGUAACAUUAGUGUUGGAGUUUUGACAGAACACCUGCAUCUCGGCUGCAGUUACCAGUUCAUUUUAACGUUCAUUAACAGUAGCUGCCAAGCGGGUCCUAAUCAGUCAGCACUAUGUCAUUGCCAGAUGCGGUUGCCGCUGAUGACUUAGAGGUGUCAGAUAGAUUCUCCUUCAUGGCUGCUGUCAGCAAGACUCCGAAAAAGAUUCAGUUUGCAGAUGACCUGCAAGAGUUCAGCAAGUUUCCCACUAAAACAGGACGCAGAUCUUUGUCACGGUCCAUCUCUCAGUCAUCCACUGACAGUUACAGUUCUGUUGCCUCUUACACAGACAGCUCAGAUGAUGAUUCAUCCCCUCGAGACAAACAACAAACCUCAUCAAAAGGCAGCAGUGACUUUUGUGUUAAGAAUAUUAAGCAAGCAGAGUUUGGCCGGCGUGAGAUUGAAAUAGCUGAACAAGAAAUGACAGCUUUGAUUUCCUUAAAGAAGAGAGCACAAGGGGAAAAGCCUCUAGCAGGAGCGAAGAUUGUGGGGUGCACACACAUUACAGCUCAGAUUGGGGUGCUUAUUGAGACUUUGUGUGCCCUUGGAGCUCAAUGUCGUUGGUCAGCUUGCAACAUCUAUUCCACCCAGAAUGAAGUUGCAGCUGCCUUGGCUGAAUCAGGUGUUGCAGUCUUUGCAUGGAAAGGGGAAUCGGAAGACGAUUUCUGGUGGUGUAUUGAUAGAUCUGUGAAUGGAAAUAGUGAUUGGCAGCCAAACAUGAUCCUUGAUGAUGGAGGCGAUUUGACUCACUGGGUUUACAAGAAAUAUCUAAAUGUUUAUAAAAAAAUUCAGGGCAUUGUGGAGGAAAGUGUGACUGGAGUGCACAGGCUGUAUCAAUUAUCCAAGGCUGGUAAACUUUGUGUUCCUGCCAUGAAUGUAAACGACUCUGUAACCAAGCAGAAAUUUGACAACUUAUACUGCUGUCGGGAGUCCAUACUAGAUGGUCUUAAAAGAAGCACAGAUGUUAUGUUUGGAGGGAAGCAGGUCAUUGUGUGUGGCUAUGGGGAGGUUGGGAAAGGAUGCUGUGCAGCUCUGAAGGCCUUGGGUGCUGUUGUGCAUGUCACAGAAAUUGACCCCAUCUGUGCACUACAAGCUUGCAUGGAAGGUUUUCGGGUGGUUAAACUAAAUGAAAUUAUACGGCAGGUGGAUGUAGUCAUCACUUGUACAGGUAACAAAAAUGUGGUUACACGGGAACAUCUUGAUCGCAUGAAGAAUGGCUGCAUUGUGUGCAAUAUGGGACAUUCUAAUACAGAGAUCGAUGUGGCCAGUCUUCGCACUCCUGAACUUACAUGGGAGCGUAUUCGAUCUCAGGUGGAUCAUGUAAUCUGGCCAGAUGGAAAGAGAAUUGUACUGCUGGCUGAGGGCCGUCUCCUCAAUUUGAGCUGUUCAACUAUUCCUACUUUUGUACGUUCAAUAACGGCCACUACAGAGGCUCUAGCAUUAAUUGAACUGUACAAUGCUCCAGAAGGCCGUUAUAAACAAGAUGUGUACUUGCUACCAAAGAAAAUGGAUGAAUAUGUUGCCAGUUUGCACCUACCUUCCUUUGAUGCCCACUUAACUGAGUUAAAUGAUGACCAAGCGAAAUACCUUGGACUCAACAAGAAUGGACCCUUUAAACCUAAUUAUUACAGAUACUGAUACUUGAAAUUGGCGGAUUCCAGUAUACCAAGGCAUCUGUGAAAUCUCUAGAGCGCUUUAGAACAACCAUCACCCUUCCUUAUUUGUCUGUUUUUAUAUCAUCCUCCUCUUUUUUUUUUUUUUUUUUUGCUUGUUUGUAUGUUUUCUCUUUAAGUAAUAGUACCUUAUAUGUCACAAUUCAGUUAGGGCUCAUUCACACUUGUGUGACUUGUCAUACAACUUUGGACAUAACAAUUCACAGCCCAUUGUUUGCAAUGUUCAGAUUGUUGUGACUUUGAAAAGUUGCCUGUGCUAUUUUGGUGCAACUUUUGCUGCGACUGGUACAGAGAGUGUAAAGUUGCAUCAGUCGCACUUUAAAGUCGCACUGAAAAUUGUGCGACUUUGGGGAAGCGCUACUGUGAAUGGAGCCUUAUUCUGAUUUACAUUUAAAGCAUAGUGUAAAAAUCGAAUUAGCAGAAAAACAGAAAAGUAGCAAUUGGUAAAGAAAUUGGCAAAUUUAAAGUCCAUCUGUCGCCAAAACAUUUUUCGUUUUUAGAAAGUGGAAGAACAUUAGAACCUCUGUACAAUUUUGUAUUGCCAUCUGUGUCUCUGUUGGGGAAAUUUCAACUUGCAUCUUGUCCCAAUGACCUCAAAGAAAGAAAAGAGAACUCUCUCCAGUAGGAUCACAAAUGGAAAAUUAAUUUGAGUUAUUUCUUUUCACUCUAUUUACAGGAUUAGGAAGUGCAGUGUAGCUCAUCUGUAAUACAAUAUAUACAUGUCUAUACAUACACACAAACACUUCUGCCUUAUUAUGGGACCUGUUGACAUUCCUGUUUAAAUUUGUAUACAGAGUGAAUAAUCUGAAGUAAAGCUUCAGUGUGUUUUUUUUUUUAAAACAUUGAGCGGCUUUACAUUUACCAAAUUUGUUUUAUGACCAGGCAUACAAGAUUGCUCUUUUAAUUUUAUAUUGUACAUGGUGUCAAGAUAUCACAAACAAGGCACAAGGCACAUUACCGCUAUUACUUGCAAACACCAGCUUUCAAAAUGACAACCGGGAAUUGCUUGCACAGCAAGAAUAGAUGUCCAAGUGUCAUUAUGUAAAUACAAUUUGUUUCAUUCUAUUUAAUUCUUCAUAUGUAGAUCAAAUGUGUUAUUUCCAAAGCAAAAUACAUGGAAAGAAUAAUCCUUUUACUGCUUUACAGAAUACAAGCAAGGCUGAACUAUGAGUGACUGACCCAAUUCCAAAGAAGUUGGGAUGCUGUGUAAAAUCUUCAUAAAACAGAAUGCAACGAUUUGCAAAUAUCAUAAACCCAUAGUUUAUUUACAAUAGAAAUAUAUAUCAAAUGUUUAAAAUGUACUAUUUUAAGAAAAAAAAAAAGGUUGUGUGGAAAUUGAUGGCAGCAACACGUCUCAAAAAAGUUGGCACAGGGCUUUGUUUGUUACAGUGUAUCAUCCCUUCUUCUUUUAACAACACUGUAAAUGUCUGGGAACUGAGUAGACUAGUUUCUGGAGUUUUGGGAUAGGAAUGUUGUCAUAUCCUAUGUUGCCUGGUAUAGGAUUCUAACUGCUCAACAGUCCUGGGUUGUCUUUGUCACAAUUUUCAUUUCAAGAUGCACCAAAUAUUUAGAAUUGGUUAAAAGUCUGGGCUGCAGGCAGGUCAGUUAAGCACCCGGACUCUUCUACUACGAAGGAAUUCUGUUGUCCUAAAUGCUGUGUUGCAGUUUAGCAUUGUCCUGAUGAAAUAUUCAAGUCCUUCUCUGAAAAAGAUGUCAUGUGGAUGGGAACAUAUGCUGCUCUAAAACCUGGAUAUAUCGUUCAGCAUUGAUGGUGCCUUUCCAGAUGUGCAAGCUGCCCAGUCUUUAAUGUAUUGCCAAUAAAAACAUCAAUAACUGUAAGCACAAAGGACAGUGUACCUGCGCAAAUGCAAAAAAAAAAAAAUGGAGAAUGAUCUCUCAUGGACUAACAACUAGCAAUAUACUAGUUGUUGGUAUGGGUUGUGAUACCGGCGCAAAAAACGAUUAAAGUAAAUGCUAAUAAUUAUAAUUACAAUUGAAGUGUUUGGUCUGCUGCAGUUGUGAUUUACUCCACCAGGUGGUGUAAUUGUGUGAAUUGUUAUAAGUGUUCGUACAGUUGUACUACUGCGCUGACUUCAGUGAAAUAGAUAAAUAAAUAUAUAUAACUAAACAACCCUUAGCAAUCAUAAGCAAACUUAUAUAUUAUAAAAAAGUUAUCCCCAAGUUAUAUAUUGUGAUAUGGUCACAUAUAAGAUGAAUAAAUAUGGUAAAUAAAAUAAGUGAAAUAAAUAAAAUAAGAUCCCCUUUGUUCACAAACUCAGAAGCGCCAAUGCGCUAGCAACCAAUAAAUGUGUGUACAAUAUAUAUAAGUGCAACAAAACUGUAAACGAUCUAGAUAUAUAAUAUAUAUAAUAGUCCGGUAUAUUUGUGCAUUAAUUCAAAGUCCUCAAAGCGUGUUUCCAGUAUGUGCAGAAAUUUAGUGCCUUGCUGCAAUGAAAUUCGUGACUUUUCCACCUUAAAUGCAAGUGUCACCACCACCUCUUAUUUGGCUAUGCUCUCACCAGAUCCAAAAAGAUAAACAGCAUGUAAACAUAUGAUGUACGGAUCCACUGUUGGUCCCCGGACCUCUGCGCUCCAACUCUCUAUGGGUUCUUUUUUUGCUCCCAGAGAAAGAAAAAUCCCAUAUGGUGUAGUACGUUUUGAACAUUUAUUCAUAAAACAUUAAGAAAGCAAGAAAUACACUCACAUUCUCUUGUGCCUAAAGCCGGCACUAGCCUGUCCAGCGUCACUGCUAUCUCCCCGGCGUGCGCUCCAAGCCUCGGCCAUAGUGCGUUCCAAUGGGCGGAAGUGCCUGUGCUAUGUCGUUGCGGAGGUCAGAGCCGUGCGGCGUGAUUACAAAAUCGUGGUACCCCUAGGCCUCAACGCGUUUCAAAUACUCAUAUUCGUCCUCAGGAAGCUGUAGGUGUACCCCUUCCAUUGCUAUUUAUACCCUAGAUCUUAUUGUGCCCGAUUAAUUGAUUGUUCGUUACCGGAAGUAGUGGCGCCAGUACCGGAAGCAACGCUAUCGCCAUCUUGGUAAUGGUAAACGGCAACUGUAUUUUCGCCAGUACCGGAAGUGCCGCUGCCGCCAUUUUUAAUGUGGUAUAGCGGUGACUAUGGACAAACUUUACAUCCGUGCAAUAUAUAAGCUUUUCCUGCUUUAAGAUAAUUUAAAAUUACUUUAUUACAAAUAUAAAAUGCAAGUUAAAAAUUGUGUGUUUAAAAUUUCUCCCUUACUAUUAAUAUUAAUGUACUAGCGAUUUUGCACCCAUAUUUUAUUCAUAUAUGCCUGUUGAGUUAGAUAUAAACAAAAGAUAAAAAAUAAAUAAAUAAAUG